GACGCGGGUCCGGCGGCGGCGGGCAGAGCCGGGGCAUGGCCGAGGCGCAGGAGCUACUGCUGCAGCUGCUGAAGGACAACCGCGACGGGCGGCUGCGGAAGCAGGAGCUGGAGGAGCUGGUGCGCGGGCUGGAGGCCGAGAGCGAGAGCCUCACAGAACGCCUGCACGACCUGAGCGAGCGCGAGCGCAGCCUGCAGCGGCGGCGGAGCCAGGCGGCGCGGGCCCUGCGCGGGGAGGCGAGCGAGGCGGCGCGGGAGCGCGCAGACCGGGCGCGCCGGCUGCUGGAGGCUGAGGAGCAGCACAAGCGGGAUCUGGAGCAACAAAACCGUCAGCUGCAGGAGCAGUGGGAGGAGCUGUCAAGCCAGAAGCCCCGCAAACCCCGCCCUCACAAGCCCCACCCCCAGCUCUUUUACUACGGAGGAGAACAACUGAGUCAGCAGCGCGCAGAGCAGCAACUCGGGACCCAACUGGUGGCUUUGCAGAAACAACUGGAGCUGGUGGAGGCCAAGCACGCCAGGCAGGCGGAGGCCCUGCGGCAGAGCGCACAGCGGACGGAGGAGGCCUGGGCCAGCUUCCAGGAGCAGAGCGGAGUCUUGCAGGAGCUGCAGGGGAAGGUGAUGGAGGCGGCGACUGCGCUGGACGCCUCGCAGGGCGGCCUGGAGCUGUGCGAGUCGCAGCCUCGCCGGGGGCAGGGCUGCGCGGGCUCACUCAUGGAGGAGGUGGCCAAAGCGGACUGUGAUAAGCGGCUGUUCGGCGGCGCGGGCGCGGCGGGCAUCAGGCUGUGGGCGCUGGGCUCGCUGCAGACGCUGCUGCUGCUCCUGCUGGGCGUCGUGGUGCUGCCGCUGCUCUGCCUGGCGCUGGUGAACCCCUCGGCCCUCCGCCGCGGGCUCAUGCGCCCCGGCUCGGACGCCGCCAUCCGUCGCCUGCGCUACACGCUGGCCCCGCUGCUGGAGCUGCGCGCGCGCGGACUGCUGCCCGCCUAGUGCAUCACGCCGGCCGCGGCCGCCAGCACCCGUGUCUCCCGCGUGGUUUCUGGGCGCCAGGCGGAGGG